AAAAAAAAGAAGAAAAAAAGGCGUUAUAUUAAACUCAAACCUUAAUGCUUUCCAACUACAAAUAUUUAAGAGAAAGGAAAAAGAGAUUGUAUUGCUUUUUUUUUUUUUUUGAGGUAUUGUGAAAAUGGGUUCUUUUUUCUCUAAACAGAUGGAAAGAAGAAGAGCAAUCAGUACUCAGAAGAAACUUCUUUGUGAUCUCAAGGAGAAAGAUAACACCGAUUUCCCUGGUUGUGAUCAUUGCCCAGGAGAUAGGAAAAAUUGGAUGUCAACACUUGCUCUCGAUAAACUUCAUGUGAAUAAAAUCGUUUGGCCUGGUACACAUGAUUCAGCAACUAACAAAAUUGGGAUCCCAUUUAUUUCUCGACCUUUUGCCCGAACACAAUCCCUCUCCAUUUACAAUCAGCUGGUAAUGGGCACCCGUGUUCUUGACAUCAGAGUUCAAAAAGAUGGUCGUGUCUGUCAUGGUAUUCUAGUUUCUUACAACGUUGAUGUUGUGAUCAACGAUGUGAAGAAAUUCUUAUCUGAGACCCAAUCGGAGAUCAUAAUUCUUGAGAUCCGAACAGAGUUUGGACACGAUGAUCCACCGGAAUUCGACAAGUAUUUAGAGAAUCAAUUGGGGGAAUUUCUUAUUCACCAAGACGACUCUGUUUUCAACAAGACAGUAGCAGAGUUAUUGCCGAAAAGAGUAAUAUGUGUUUGGAAACCAAGAAAAUCAGCUCAGCCAAAACAUGGAAGUUCGUUGUGGAGCGCUGGGUAUUUAAAGGACAAUUGGAUUGACACUGAUUUGCCUGAAACAAAAUUCGAGAGCAAUAUGAAGCAUUUGAGUGAGCAACAUCCGGUGACAUCCCGGAAAUAUUUUUACAGAGUGGAGAAUACGGUAACGCCUCAGGCAGAUAAUCCGGUGUUGUGUGUGAAACCGGUGACGAAUCGGAUUCGUCCACAUGCUAGGUUGUUUAUAAAGGAGUGUAUUUGUCGGGGUUAUGGUGAUCGGUUACAAAUAUAUUCUACUGAUUUUAUUGAUGAAGAUUUUGUGGAUGCUUGUGUUGGGCUUACAAAUGCACGGAUUGAAGGCAAGCUCUGAUGUCAAGGUCUUAUUUCUUUCCUAUUCAAGUUUACACGUUUGCUUCAAGAAUAUGAGAAUUAUCGUCUUUGAUUAUUCAACAAAUAGUUAUUUUCUCACAAAAUUAUCUCUCUUGUUGAUUCUAGUUUUCUUCAACAAAGAAAGUGAUUUUUGAGGUAAGAAUUAUUAGUUGAGUGAUCGUGUGAGAAGUCAACUCGAGAAUUAAUUCUGUUGUGUAUAAUUAUUGAGGGUAUACUUAUCAGAUUUAUGUGCGUGUAUGUAUUGUAUUGUUACCACUUGUAACUUUGUAAAAAUUGCUUGGCUUGGAAUUUGAGAUUCUUAUAUGUAGUGAAAUUGUGGGUAAACGAAAUAAUAGGUAAGUUGUACUGAAAUUUACAUUGUUUGGAAGGAUAUGUAUUUUACAAUUUACGUA